AUGCAAACUGUUUGUCGUCUCCACGAGGCGAGCCUCGAUUUAGCUCCUUCUAUUGUUCUUAUCAGGUGGCUUCUGCUGCUCACCACUUUUUGGGCCGACUUCAAGUGCUUUCUCGUGAAAGUUCGACUCCUUUUUUGGCUUAACUUGAGUGGAUUUUAAUGUGAUAGGAGUCAAAAAAAGUCAAAACAAAGCGAAAAAUGUGAAAAACAGUAAAAAGUUAGUUAGAAGGCCGCAUUGAGAAUGGCUCAAGGCGUCGCGGUCGCGUUGCGCUUUCAAUUUGAAUGUGAAAUGCUUCCUCAGCUAUACAUUUAGGCUUGAGUCAAAUUUUCCAGCGUUAUCCGUAAAAAAUAAUCAUAAAAAAAAAAUUUUAAACGUGAAGCUUCAUGUGAAAUCACGUUUCGACCCGUUCCAAAAAAAAAGGACCAAUUCAAUUCUGAUAAGAAAUAGUUAAUUCAAAGAGGCUCAAAAUGAUAAACUAUUAAUCAGACCGCUCAAACUUUUUUUUUAAAGAAAAUAGAGGAAAAAUUCAAGUUUAAUAAGCCUCAUGAGACUGUGAAGACCUUUGUAAGAAAACCUAAAACGAAAUUUUUCGGAUUUUACAUCCUUUUUACAGUUCAUUCUUUGUAUUAGGCUAAGGAGAGUCCAAAACUGAAUCCUAAACAAAUUUUUUGUGAGCUUACUUUCAAAAUCUGGAUUUCGAAAAAAAAUGGCUGUUUGAUGAAUUUUCUGCUCGACGCGAUCUAUACUGAAACCUGCGGAAGUUGCAAAAAUGCCCUGCCUGGGAUCUUCAAAAUUUUCCCGAUGCCAUAGUCAAAGUUUUGAGAUACCGAACCUUUUAGCUUUGUUUCACAAGGAUCUUCAAGAAAUAUGAGACUUACCAAGUAAGAAUUUUUUGACCAAAAAAGUCCCAAAAAUAUAUAUAGUUUCGUGUCUUGAUGUUUAUGUUCUGCGGGCGAUUGUUUCGGCGGCCUAUUUGUGUGCGAAGAGCACCCAAAAAUUCGACUCUAUCCAUUGUCUUCGCAUUUUUUCCAAGCUCAAAAGAACACCCAGAUAAUCGCGGUGCUAAUGUUGUGAAAUCGCUUGUGAAAAUUCUUUAAUGAACUUUAGAAACGAAAAAAAAAAAUAUUGAGCCUAAAUUUAUUUUCUCGAAGGUCAUGAAAAAAGCUCUAGCCUUCAGAGCUUUAUUGAAAAAAUAAUCUUGAAAAAAAAUGGGUAUAAACAUCCUUUACUACCGGAAAAGUUUAAUCUUCCUACUUUUUGAAAUCUCGGCCGGUUUUUUGUUUUCAUUGGAAAGUUGAGGAAAACUGCCCUUUUUGGAACUUGUUUUCAAACUUUUUUUUUUCUCAAAUUCACGCCAAUUUGGAAGACGUCCAACUUCAAAGUUAGGAAGGAUACAAAAAAAGCAAAAGUUGAAGGUUUUCACAAGUCUUCACUAAUGCUUCUUGUAGACUUUUUUUCAAUAUUCACAACCUUCAAGAAAAAUAUAGGAAAUAAGCUUUUUAACAUAUAUAUUUUCAGAGACAUGUUGAAAAAAAAUAUCGCGAAAUUUGAACACUUACUAAAGUCGAUUAAAAAUUGAAAACAGAUAAAGUGCUCUAAACAGAUAGACUGCUCUCGGCGAGAGUCUGACCACGGCAUCGAAAAAUUUAAAUCUUUUUUUAAAAAUUUUCAUUCUAACUUAUCCUUCUCUUAUCUUCCUGCUGAUUCAAACUAGUAAGCUCGGCAUUCUUAGAGGAAUUCAGUUUUAAGGUCUUGAGUUCUCGAUUGAAGAAGCCCUACAUGGAAGACCAUCAUACUGGAAAGAGUGGUAUUUUUCUACACUUCGUCUGAAAAUCGAAGCAAUAUCUUGAUUCCAAAGGAGUUUUUUAGAUCUUACGCUCAUCAAAGUAAACCUGCAGUUGCUUGGUAAUUUUGAAAAGCGAUUUCAUCAAUAGUUUUGCGAAGGAGAACCUCUAUAGCCCGUUUACGGCUGGCUUGGGACAGCGAACGGGCGGUUUAUUUUUCGCAGCGAAGGUAGAUCAUGGCGAAUAUCCAUGUGCCUUCCAUAAAAGCCCUAUUUUAUGACUUAUUUAUUUUCCUCUUAGAAUUCGUCGAUUCUAAGAAAAUCUUGAAAGCAAUGAGAUGAAUGUGAACCAAAAAUAAAUUCAAUAAAAACAGAAAUAAUUCAUCUAAUGAGGCUCUUAUUAAAGGCGCAUGUAUGACCGCCAUGAUCUACCUUCGCCGCGCAAGUUAACCCGCCCGUUCGCUGUCCCAAGACAGCCGUGAACGGGCUAUACACCUCAACCUUCAGAGACUAUUCGGGCCAAACUUUUAGAACAGUAAAAAUUAGAUCAUCUCCUCUUGUGAAAAGCUGUAUCUCGGACUGUCUAACUGGCUAUGGCAAUUGUGAUAACUUUAGCUUUUGUAAGGCUUGAGAUCUGAGCCGUUCUGCUGAAAUCAGCUGCCAUUUUUCAAAGUUUCCAGAAGACUUCAAGGCUACGCUUCUGGAACAUGAGCCUUAGCAUCCGAGCAAACUUCUCUAUCCAUCGAUCCAUGUUCAGAACCACCUUCAACAUACAUCCUCUCUUCAAACUCAGCGGCUCAAGACACCGACCAAACUGUUGCCUAUCAGAAAAAGCCGACAGCGACGAGGGUGUUGGCUGACACGGUGUCUGUGGUGGACACAACCGACACAACAAACGAGAGAGCGAAAGCGAGAGAGUCGUCGUGUUUUAUCUGAUAAGUACAAGAAGAAGAAGCCUCCUCCGGCCGAGGGUGUCAAGUGCGAGGACACGACGAAGCGCGGGGCCCGAGACGAACGGCCGGCCGGAGGAGCACACACUCAAAAAGCUCACAUCAAGGAAGAACCUGAGGCCCGAAAGCCGCCUCGUACGCUACCGUACCCACACCUUAACUCGCUCGAAAAAAGGAGAGAAGGAAAAUUUUUGCGGCUGUCCGCCUUUUGCACUCUUUGA